CGUUCAUGAUAUGUAGGAAUUAGUCCAACAAUCUAGUACAUGAUCGUAGGUCAUAUCUUGGUGAGAGCGUUCGGGACGUUCGGGACCGUUCGGGACCCGGGACGAAUGAGAUAAGGAGGACCGUUUAGAGGUGUAAUAUACUUUUGGGAAAAUUGUGUAGUUGAUACGUGCAAAAUACAGUCAGUUUGCUAAGCGAAGGUUAUGCUGAAGAACUUCAUGAAUUUUAAACUGUUCUUCUAGAGAGGUUAAAGUAAACUGAAAGAAAUACAACAUGCAUGGUCAGUAUGCAUUUGUUUCAGACACACAAAAGAAAGCAGCGUGAAGUCCCAGCAGCUUUGCAGAAGAUAAUGGCUGCAGAUGUAUUCCUUACAGACAAAUUCUGUAACUGGGCUAACUGUUUUCUUCCAUUACGAUCAUUAAGAUUACAUUAUAAAGUUCUGGAGGUUUCAUGUCAUGGAAUUCUCUGGCUGAGUGGAUGGAUUGCCUUCAUAUGGCUGGUGGAUAGUCGGUCCUUGUACCAAAUGCAAGUUAAUUUCUUCAUAGGGUUAUUGCUGGACAUUGUGUUUGUGAGUACUGUGAAAGCAUUCACAAGACGCCGGAGACCAUCAGGCAAUCAGCCAGACAUGUUCUCUGUAGUGGGCCCUGACAAGUUCUCCUUUCCUUCAGGUCACGCUUCAAGAGCCUGCUUCAUUGCUCUUUUCUUUGUUUAUCUGUAUCCAUUGUUUUUUAUUUUUUAUAUGCCUUUAACAGCAUGGGCAACUUCAGUAUGUAUCUCUCGCGUCCUUCUUCGUAGACAUCACUUGUUAGAUGUAGCAGGAGGCAUACUGUUGGGCGUUUUUGAAACUGUGCUGUUGAGCUGGCUUUGGGUGUCAGAAAACUUUGCUGUUUGGGUAGUCUCUUGGCUGUCAGAUGAGAAAUUGCAAGGUGCUAGUUAUCAUGUAUGAGAAGUGGGUAACAAAAAUGUGCCUCGAGAGAGAAGUAGCAAAGUUUGAAGUGUUGACACUUCACUUUUCAUAUGAUUUGCAACUGAUGAAGGAAAUAAGGUUAGUUCUAAAGUAGGAUUAUUUUAUAUUGUUCAUAAUCUGAGUUUGCCUUGUUCUCAUAUCACAAAUCUUUACAGUAUAAGGAAGUUAACUGUCUUUUGGGAUGUCAUGCUACGUAGUCAUGAAGAAAGGUACAGAAAUUCUGGAGGAACCUUUUGCCUUCAUCUAUAAGGUAUAAGAAUGCCUGAAGGUACAGGAAGCAUGUUUGUUGAACAUUGGUACCUUUCUACUGGAUUGCGCAGUGUCACAUCACAAUAGAGUAAUGUUUUGAAUUUACCACUCUGAUGACUUCAGAUGUCUCAAUUUUGCAAUAUAAGUUUGUAAUUAAAAUAAUGUUCCUAUAUAAUAUUGGAGGCUUUCACGGCGGUGACUAUGAAGAAAGCAGUC